AUGUCGGCCAAGAAGCUGCAAAACAAGAUUUUUGGCACUUCUUCUACUUCUUCCAAUCCUCUGAAACCCACGAGCACGGAUCCUGGGCUCACGAUCAACAUUCCGAAGCAACCAGGCGUGUCCCCAACCGUCAGCCACCCUCAUGUCCCCGUCCCCAAUGGCCAGACAGCAAACGACACGCACCCAACGUCGACGUUGAAAACAUACAAGGACCGGCUGGUGACGCAGCUGCAGUCAAAGUACGACGGCGUGGAGCGGUAUCGUUUGUUGCAGGACGAACGCAAGGAACGUCAUUGGAAACGAUGGGGCCCAUAUCUCUCCGAGCGUCAAUGGGCUACCGUCCGAGAGGAUUACUCGGGAAAUGGUGAUGCUUGGUCACAUUUCCCCCACGCUCAAGCACGUUCGCGCGCGUAUAGAUGGGGUGAAGACGGGAUUGCUGGUAUCAGCGACAACCACCAACGUCUCUGUUUCGCCCUCGCUCUGUGGAAUGGAGUCGAUCCAAUUCUAAAGGAGCGUCUCUUUGGGGUUACGGGCCACGAAGGAAACCACGGAGAGGACGUCAAAGAGUUAUACUAUUAUCUCGACUCCACCCCAACUCACUCGUACAUGAAGUACCUAUACAAGUACCCGCAACGGCCCUACCCUUAUGAACAGUUGGUGCGCGAAAGCGGCAAUCGUAGCCGCGACGUCAACGAGUUUGAAAUUCUCGACACCGACGCGUUCGAGGACAACAAGUACUGGGACGUCUUUGUCGAGUACGCAAAGGACGAGGACGCGCCCGAUGCCAUCUCCAUACGUAUCACAGCCUACAACCGUGGACCCGAGCCAGCAACCCUGCACAUUAUCCCACAGCUUUGGUUCCCAAACACAUGGUCCUGGUCCAAGGAUGCACCCCCGAAACCAGUCAUGUACCUCGCUGCUCCCGGUGCCAUCGCCGUAAAGCACCCGCAAAUGAAAGCGAAUCUCUACUGCCUUCCUUCACCACCCCCAGUAGGUCCAGCAACCUCCGAAGAGGAUGACGGCGACAUUGUAUAUCCGGAGAUGCUCUUCACCGAAAACGAAACCAAUUAUAAGCGUCUCUACGGGGGUCAAAACGUGAACCCCUACUGCAAGGACGCAUUCCACGAUCAUAUUAUUCCUUCCCACAGGCCCUCAGACUGGUCCAAAGCAGGGGAGACAUCUGGACCCCGGUCCGAGUUUGUGAAUCCACACAAUCGUGGCACAAAGGGGCGAGCCACUAUGUGUUUCGAGAUGUUCCAGCAAACGGCGGCUGCGCGGUCGUUCGAUGCAGAUCCUGGAAUAACCGACGAAGAGCUCUUUGACAGCACUGUGGAUGAGCGAAGGGAAGAGGCUGAUGAAUUCUACGCUCAUCUGGCUGUCGGGCCUCUGACGGACGAUCUGAGGUCGGUGAUGAGACAGGCGUUGGCCGGAAUGUUAUGGUCGAAGCAGUACUACAAAUUUAUCCAUAGUCAAUGGAUGAGUGGCGAUUCUGCGCAGCCGCCCCCGCCUCCGGAGCGCAAGCACAUCCGAAAUCGAGAUUGGAAACAUCUUCAUAUUGAAGACAUUCUCUCCAUGCCUGACAAGUGGGAAUAUCCUUUUUUCGCCGCAUGGGACUCUGCAUUUCACUGCAUUCCGCUAGCAAUGAUCGAUCCUGCAUUUGCAAAGAAGCAACUCGACCUACUCACAAGGGAGUGGUAUAUGAAGCCCGACGGUCAGAUCCCCGCAUACGAGUGGAACUUCAGCGACGUCAAUCCACCUGUACAUGCUUGGGCCACAUUCCGUGUGUUCAAGAUAGAACGCAAGCUCUUCGGUAAGGAAGACAUCCAGUUCUUGGAGCGAGUCUUCCAGAAACUCUUGCUGAACUUUACCUGGUGGGUCAACCGCAAGGAUCAAGAUGGGCAAAACGUGUUCGAGGGCGGGUUUCUCGGUCUGGACAAUAUCGGCGCGUUCAAUCGAUCUGAGCCAUUGCCUACGGGUGGAGUGCUCCGACAAGCAGAUGGCACGGCAUGGAUGGCUUUUUUCUGCCUGAAUAUGCUCAAUAUGGCGCUCGAACUUGCAAAACACAACUCGGUAUAUGAAGAUAUCGCUUCAAAGUUCUUCGAGCAUUUUAUUUUCAUCGCAGACGCCAUGACGUAUAAGCCGGACCCUGACAAUGAACUCAGUCUUUGGAACGAGGAUGAGGGGUUUUAUUUCGACGCCAUCCAGUGGGGAAACCACGCUCAACAGAUGCCAGUCAGAAGUCUAGUCGGCCUCAUUCCCCUUUAUGCUACACUGGUGCUUGAGCCAUCUACCAUUAAUCGUUUCCCUGGCUUCAAGAAACGUAUGGAGUGGUUCAUCGAAAACAGACCCGAAAUGUCCAAGAGGAAUAUGGCAAAUAUGAAAGGAAGAGGAAAGGGUGAUCGGAGGCUGCUUGCAUUAUGCGACAAGGACCGCCUUGUCAAGAUUUUGGAGAGGAUGCUUGACGAGGAAGAGUUCCUGAGUGACUAUGGAGUUCGCUCUCUCUCCCUCUACCAUAAGGAUCAUCCAUACUCGAUGACCGUCCACGGUCAGCGAUAUGAAGUUGCUUACUGGCCAGGAGACUCAAAAUCUGGGAUGUUUGGAGGAAAUUCCAACUGGCGUGGACCCAUAUGGCUUGCCACCAAUUUCUUGCUCAUUGAGUCUUUGCAACGAUUCAGUCAGUAUUAUGGGAAUGACCUCGAAGUCGAAUGUCCAUCUGGCAGUGGCGACUACAUGCCUCUGAAUAAAGUGGCAGAGGAGAUUCAGCAUCGCAUUAUCCACAUUUUUGCGCGCGAUGUGGACGGACGCCGCGCUACAAACGGUGGUUCAAGCCUUCUCGACCGUGAUCCCUAUUUCCGUGACUACGUAUGGUUCUAUGAGUUUUUCCAUGGCAAUUCGGGAUGUGGACUUGGCGCUUCACACCAGACCGGAUGGACCGGACUUGUGGCCUAUCACAUCAUGCAGAGUGGUAUAUCCUGCCGACUACCAAAGACACCACGUACUCCCCGAAGCCAUGCAAGGCACUACUUUGACGAGCAAUUGGAGACAAUGUCUGAAGGAGGUGACCCCCUCGCGACACCAUACACGCCCUACAGCGCUUACAGUGCCGUUUCUCCCGCACCUUCCGAGCUCCAUACCCUUGAAGAUAUUUCUCCAGAGGCACUCUGA